AUGUUAACUAAAAUUAUUACUUUGCAAUUGCUAUUCAUUAUUUAUCCAUGCAUCGCAAUUACUUUCCAAUGUCGCGAUCAAAAUAAUCAAAAUGUAGAUUGGUUUAUAUUCUAUAAAAUUGCUCGCAUGCAUAAAUCAAGCAUAGAACUUGCUCGCAACGGCUCAGCGUUUUUGUACAUGGAUGCGAAAGACCGCAAAUGGUUACUUUCUGAAGUUUCGAUCGAGAACGCAAAGCAAUCUAUUGGGUUUACUUUGCAGCAGUAUUAUGAUGCCAUUAACAAUUUAGAGAUUUUCAGUGUAAUGUACAACGACGAAUUCCCUUAUCCAGAGAAUGAAACUGUUUCAGCAACUGCAGGACAUGCCAAAGGAGUUGUGGUCUUCAGUAAAAUGAAUGGAUUUUGGUUAAUUCACAGCGUACCAAAAUUCCCACGCAACAGAACCUAUGAAUAUCCCAAGUCUGGGCUUCUAUAUGGACAGAUGGGUCUAUGUGUAUCAAUGAAUUACUCACAGCUUCAUAAAAUAGCUCUUCAUCUGUAUUACAGCCAUAUAUUUAUAUAUUCAUAUAAGCUUCCUAGUCAUAUAGCUGCUGAUAUUCCUCUGUUACAGAAGGUGGUAUCAAAAGAACAUCAACAUGGUAGUCCAUUCUACCGCCAAGAUUUGAUUUAUUCAACUGAUGGCCAAGAAUUUAUGCAUUUUGCAAAAAUUGCUGCAUUCAAGAAAGAUCUUUACUUUGACUUAUUAGCGCCUGCAAUUAAAGCUUCAUUAGCAGUUGGAACUUGGCAACAUGAAACUUCGAUAAACCAUAAUUUGCAUUCUUGGUGUACUGAUCAAAGUCCUUAUAAAGUUUUGGAUGUCAAAAAUAUUACUUUGCCAUUCAAUAUAACUUUUUCAAAUUUACUAGAUCACUCCAAAUUUGCUGUUUCAAUAAUAGAUUACCACAAAAUACCUGUGCCAUGGGUUUGCAUUGGUGACAUAAAUAGACAGCAACAUCAGUUAGUUCGUGCAGGUGGUACAAUGUGCUUUGUAGAUUUUGAAGUACACGCUGCUUACACGUCUAUGAUAACGGAAUGCUGGCCUUGCACCAGUGUUGUUUGA